AGUUAUUCCACCAUGACAAAGUCAGAUAUGAGUGCAUGGCAAUGGAACAAUAAGGGUGCCGCCGAGUAUGAAAAAGGCAAUUUGUCAAAAGCAUUAAGUCACUACACAAACGCACUGAAAGUAGACGAGGACAAUUAUGCAUUCCGUAUAAGAUGUAAAGCACUAGAAGCGUUAGAGAGAUUCGAGGAGGCAUAUCGGGACGCGGAGAUUAUUAUUUCAUCUGAUCCCAAUGACGAAGAUUCUCGACGCAUAGCGGAGCGCUUACGUAAAAUUGUACAAGAACGUAAGAAAAGGUCACAUAGUGCCAAGGUAUCAGAAAUGCUGGAUUUGGCAUUUGACAUGAACGCAAGUGAGAAGGAACGUGAAAUCGCUAUGAAUAAUCUGCUUGUGCUCGCACGUGAUGACCAAACAGGUGCCGAGGAGAUCUUCAAAAAGGAAGGUGUACCCAAAAUCGUUCAACUUGUGAAAGUGGAAAAGAAUGAGGGAGUGAUCUGCAGCGCGAUUCGUAUUGUAGGCGAGUUAUGCAGAAACAAUUUCAGUCGAACUAAGUUUGUUAUGAAACGCGUCGGUCUGUUUUGGUGUCUGGCACUAAUGAACAGCAUAUCUAUAAACAGAGUUAACGCGUCUCAACAUUGUUUACAGCAUAUAUUGAACACUUACAUCGACAUGAAUAAUAAACCCGAUUCGAAUCUCAACGAGGAUUUAUGCGAGGCGCAAAAGGAAAUAGACACGAUUAUGUUCUGCUUGUCGUACAGUAUAACAAAUAGAACAAUAACAGGCCUUGCUAGAGACGCAAUAAUAGAACUUAUUAUGU